UGAAGUAUCAAUGAAAUAAAUAAUUGAAUUUUUGUUGUUCAAAAUAAAGGGUGAAAAAUAAAUAAUAAAGAUCCAUGUGCGCUUAAUCAUUUCCCUUUGGUUGCGCAUCGUUCCUAUUACAGUUUCUAUAGAUAUGUAUGCGUGUUGUGUACGCGCAAGUGUACUGUCUCUGGUAAUACACAUUUCUUCGAUUCGUAAAAAGGGGAGUUUUGCUAGGAGGUACUGCGCAGUGAAGCUGUUGUUUUUUAACAAGUUGUAAUAAAAAGAAACAAGGCCAAUAAUAAUCGCCUCCCUGUAUGUAUUUCGCACUUGCUAGUAUAAACGCCGGUAAUGAGUGUUUAUACUGGAACGACUGUAACGAUAUCAUCGACGACGACGACGACGACGACGACGACAACAACGACGGCGACGACAACGACGGCGGCGGUAACGACAACGGCAACAGCAACGGCGACAACAACGACAGCAACAACAGCUACAACAGAUACAACAGCAACGACAGCAACAACGACAACGACGACGGCAACAGCUUCGGCGUCGGCGGUUCUUCUGUCGCCAGAUUCCGCCAAUGGUUGGAUUGAAUUUUGUGAAAGACACGCCCGUGCCUCGGCCUCUGACUUUGCCAAAGCUUUCUGCACUUAUGUCAGCCUAAAUCUACCUGAAAGUGCAAGAUCAACUUUAUCUCAUCGUGACUUUCUUAGAAAAUUUGUCGAAAGUUUUUGCGAACACUUUGAAAGCGAAUACUUACGUCGUACUGUUAGAUCACUAACUGCAUACGAUGUUCGACAAACAGCGUUCACUGAAAGAGAUCCAAAUGCCAUAUCUCAAAAUAACAAUGCUCCGAUUCGUGCUUCAUCGCACGAAGAAUUUAGCGAUUACUCUGAACACGAUGGUGAAACAGUAUCACCUAAACCAGUUCACAAACCUUUCUUUCGCCGGUUGUCGUUUAAAGGACUUAAAAAAGGAAAGAGUUUCUUUCACAAACAACAGAGUGACGAAGUAGAAUUGUCUCACAGUGAACACCGUAGAGAUAAACAUUCAAAAACUAAACUUUCUAAAAUUGUUGUUGAAUGUAGAAAGGAGGGUAUUGUUAAUUCUUUAAUGGGGGAAUACAUAGACGGAACUCAAAAAUGGGAAAAAUCUAGAUUGGCAUUGAUAAAAGCAAUCGGAGGUUAUAUGCUAGAAUUUUAUUCUCCUCCAAAAGCGGUCAAACCACGCAGCGGUGUAUUUUGUUCUGCAAUAACUGAAGCCAGAGAAACCACAGCACUUGAAAUGCCAGAUCAUGAAAACACAUUUGUUCUGAAAACACAAAAUAUGGAAUUUGUAAUAGAAGCUCAUGAUUCUAAUGAUAUGAGAUCUUGGCUGGCUACUAUUAAAUACUGCAUGCGUACUGUACAGCAAAAUUCUACCACACCUGUCUCUGGUACACGAGAUUCAAUAGUAGAUUCCUUAGGACACUCUUCUACUAUUGGAGUUAGUAGCGAAGGUGAUAGAUUAAGGGCCAAUUCAGCAAGUAAAGGUUCUCGAAUAACAUCUCAUGAGCCAACUACAGAGGAAGCAUUAUCCAAUCCACCGGAAUUGCCUCCAAGAUUGCGUAUGCAAAGUAGUAGUAAUUUGGAAUUAUGUUCGUCACAACAAGAAAUUGAACAAUUAGCUACAAAUGACGGUGAACUAGAUUUAUCAAGUAGCUUACGAGAGUAUCCUUGGUUUCAUGGUACACUGCCACGUUCAGAUGCAGCACAGCUUGUUUUGCACAGUUCUGCUAAUGGCCAUGGUGUCUUUCUUGUUCGCCAAAGUGAAACACGAAAAGGAGAAUUUGUAUUAACAUUUAACUUUCAGGGAAGAGCAAAGCAUUUACGAAUGACAUUAAACGAUCAAGGCCAUUGUCGUGUCCAACACCUUUGUUUUCCGGCGAUAUACGAUAUGUUAGAACAUUUUCGUCAGAAUGCCAUACCUCUUGAAUCUGGUGGAACUGCAGAUGUUACUCUAACAGAAUUCGUGGUGGCUAAUCCUGCUUAUCGAACGACGCAACAUCAUAUGAUAGGCGUAAUGCAACAGUCGCAAGAAAGAAGACCUCCGGUAGCUCCAGAGCCCAGAGAAGUACACACAUAUGGAGGUUCUAUAAGAACACGUACUGAGUCCUUGGAAAGACUGGAACAACUACAUAACAUUGCAGAGCAACAAGGUUCAACAUCGACCACUAGCAGAGCGGUUCAAAAUACGUAUAGUUUUCUCUGACGAUGGAUACGUUAUCAUUUUUAUCGUUAGAACAAUAUUUUAUUUCUUUCAGAAUUAAGUUGCACUGAUAAGACCAACUAAACAAAUCUAAAUCCUAUAUUCUUUUCAAGAGCUACGUUGUAUUGUUUAAGAUUUCAUAUUUUGCCAAUAUCAUUUUAUUAUAAUCAAGAGUAUGAUUAAUAACUCUAUUCUUUUUUAUCUCCUACAGUUAGAUGACAAUUAACAAUUACCUUAUUUUUUAUUAAUAUAAAUUUUACAUUUGAUAUCGCGCGAGUUUUUCUAAUCAUAACAAUUGAUUACAAUAUUGAUCAAAUAUUCAUUUCUAAAGUAAUCUAUUACAUUCUGCAAUAUAUUAGAAUGUUAAACUUAAGGUAGCAUUUGAAGCAGCUUUUAAAAACUUGAUUUCAUUUUAUGAAACAUGGUUUUUUUUUCAAUCAUAUAUAUUAGGUGUAGAAAUUAAUUCGGUGCCUUUUUUUAAACAAUCAUUACUUUUGUUCGAAUUCAAAUCAAGAGUAGUUCAUUUACCGACCACGAAACAAGGCACGAAACAUUAAAACGCUCAACCAUAUGUUGCUUUAAGCACGUCAGACGGACUCUAUUUAUACCUUGGGAUGAGAAGUUCUCUUCUCCCUUAUCGGCUUACUCUCCGGACCUGGUCUCUUCAAACUACCAUCUUUUUAGGGCCUAAAAACACUAUUUGUCGAAGGAGUGCUUCAAGUUGCUUGAAGAAGUCCAAUAAAUGCAUAGAAGAUUUCAUAGCCAGCAAAUCACCGUCAUUCUACGAGGAUAACAUUUAUAAGUUACCCAAUAGGCGGUAAAAAAACUAUAGAAA